UGCAGCGCCCGGACCAUCGGCUCCAGCCGCCCAGCCCGGCGGCCCGCUGAAGUCCCCCGGGGCCGGCUUCCUGCCAACUUGCCCAAGAGACCCUACCCCGCCUGCCGCCGGCCCCUUCCCUCUCCCACGCCCCGGGGCCCGCAGAGAGAUGCCGGGGAGCGGGCAGGCGUCCAGGCAAGGCGAGGAAUCCGGCUGAGGUUCGCCUCGUGGCUCCCCUUCUAGAUGCCAGAUGGCCUCGGAAAACUCCCUGUCCCAGUGCCCAAGGAACUGCUCCGCCUGGGCUCCCAGGAACGGGUCCGGGGCAGAAAGGGCAGCCCCCUACACCAAUGUGAUCAUGCCUAGCCUGUUCGGCAUCAUCUGUUUCCUGGGCAUUGUCGGGAAUCUCAUCGUCAUCUACACCAUUGUCAAGAAGAAGAAGCUGAGGUGCAAGCAGACCGUGCCCGACAUCUUCAUUUUCAACCUCUCCAUCGUGGAUCUCCUCUUCCUGCUGGGCAUGCCUUUCCUCAUCCAUCAGCUCCUUGGUAACGGCGCCUGGUAUUUCGGGGCUCCUUUGUGCACCAUCAUCACCGCCUUGGACACUAACAGCCAGAUCACCAGCACCAACAUCCUGACAGUGAUGACCCUCGACCGUUACCUGGCAACCGUCUACCCUCUGAAAUCCACCUAUGUCCGGACACCAUGUGUAGCAGCCUCAGUAAUCUGUUUGGUGUGGCUUCUUUCCUUUCUGACCAUCAUUCCCGUGUGGAUGUAUGCAGGCCUGAUGCCUCUGGAGGAUGGGACUGUCCGCUGUGCUCUCUUGCUUCCCAACCCCGAGACUGAUGUCUACUGGUUCACGCUCUACCAGUUCAUGCUGGCCUUUGCUAUCCCACUGAUUGUCAUCUGUGUUGUUUAUUUUAAGAUCCUCCAGCACAUGGCUACCACUGUGGUCCCCCUUCCCCAGAGGAGCCUCCAGGUACGUACCAAGAAAGUCACCCGCAUGGCAGUUGCCAUCUGCUCUGCCUUUUUCAUUUGCUGGGCCCCCUUCUACAUCCUCCAGCUGGUGCAUCUCGGCAUUGACACGCCUUCUGUUGCCUUCUUCUAUGCCUAUAACUUCGCCAUUAGCUUGGGCUAUGCCAACAGCUGCCUCAACCCCUUCCUCUACAUUGCCCUGAGUGAGACCUUCAAGCGCCAGUUCAUGGUGGCCAUCCGUCCUGCCAAGGAGCAGUUCCGCAACAAUAGUUCCAUCAACAACAACAGCGCAACAGAGGCCAGUGUGUGUCUAAAGCUUGCACCAGAAUCCACUCAACAGACUCAAUUUCUGGAGGACUUUUCCCCACACUCGCUGCCUGUGACUGUCGCUGUUCACUAGGGACUCUAUGGUCACGCCAAAAGAUGACUUUGGGGGUCUUUUCUGGGAAUGACACAAAGUAAGUAGGGCUGUGUAUAAGAAGUAGCUUUUGACUGCUCUCAGUGAAGCACAUGGACUACAGGCUUCCGCUUUGGAGACUCACAGUCGAGUCCUCUCUCAUUACAGGGCUCUGCAUUCAAUCUACCCCUGAUCUAAAAGCUUCUGCAUACUGGUUCCUUGGUCCACUGAGGAAGGACUUGGGAAUUCCUUUUAAUUUCACACAGAACAAUGGGCUCCUCUUGGAGGGAAAAGGGAAAGAGAGGGAGACAUGAAGAGAGAGACAUCUUCGGAAGGUAUUUUGUUGGCACUGUACGCCAUGCCAGCCUUUAGCAAAAGGAUCUCAAUUGGGUCCUUACUGUUUGACCAUUGUUUCUGGGAAAGAAGCUGAUAUGGACCCUCUUGCUUUAAGACUUGAACUUUUUAAAAAGACUAUUUUAAAAAAAGGGGGAGAGGGCUAGAAAACUGAGCUUACCGAGGCCUAUGCUUAAAUUCCAGAAGCAAAAAGACAAGGAACUGCUCAGCAAAGCAGCCUUCGAAGUGCCUGAGGAACAAACCCACAAGCAUUAGUGAGGGAACUCCUGCCUUGCCAAGAUCCUCUGGACUUUUUGGUGAAGUCCCAACCUGCCUCCAGUGAGCUAUGCUGCUUGGCCAACCUAUGAAUAUUCAGGAACUGGAUUCUGGGGCCUUGACAAGCUGUCUCUAUAUAUUUGCAAGCAAAAUCAGGCCCUCUGGCGAUAGUGAUUGUACGCUUCAAGGGAUUUCACGCAGUUGAGCAAAGCUGCUGCUCCUAACACCUGAUCUGUAGAUAGUCAUCCGGUUGAGCCUGCUUCCCUCAUGCUGCUCCUUCAGUUUCCCUCUGCGCCCAUCAGUCUGCAUGUUCAUUAAGGAAUAUCACACAGGUGGCUUUUUAAAGAUUCCUCCAAACAAGCCAGUGUGCACAAAGGCAGAUGUGUGUAGAGGAAGAGAAUGGGAGAAGGUCGCUCUGAGAAAAUGCAGCUGCUUAAUGGACUUCCAGAGGAUAAUGAUAAUAUUACCAAUUAAAACCAAAACAUCCGUAUUUGGAAAAUGCAGCUCUAUCUCUCCAGAGACUGCGAGGUACUUUCACCUAUUAGAGGGACAUGGAUCAGCUAAGUGCUGGGGAUCACAUUGAUAGACUGCACAGGAGUCCCAGGAGACAGUCAAGAAAGUCUUAAGCUGCUUGUUAAACAAGGAGCAAGUGACUGUUGUGGAUGUGUUUGAUGUAGAAGAAACAUUACAAACACACACUGUUUCACAUGCACUCCUACAGAGACCACACACGGCGCAAAGGAGCUAAUUCACAUCCUCAUAAUCAUACACUCAUCCAUGCCGCUGCACACCUCCAUGCAGCUACACACAGUCACACAUACAACUACAAAACAUUCUUCAGAAACUAUGCACACAUUUGUAGGCAUGUGU